AUGUCACCAGCAAAGAACCUUACAGCCUGGCAAAGACUCUUCUUCAUGCUCAACUCCCAGUCACACCCCUCCACGUGUCCAUCCCUUGACGUUGACACGGUUCCCUCACCAGCUGUUUCCCUUACGCUUCCCCCUCAUAUAAAUACCUCAUCACCACCUUCUUCUUCAUCAAUCCAUCCCAGCUUCCCUCUUGGAGAAGACUUUGCUUUCCGUUCUUUACCCUCACCAAUGGCUCCUAAUUGCAACCUUGCUGCUCUUGCUUUUCUCUUCUGUUUCAUCACCCCUUCGCUCUCAGCUCUAGUUCAAGAACAGCCUCUGGUUCUGAAAUACCAUAACGGCAUCCUCUUGAAGGGUAACGUCACCGUUAAUCUGAUCUGGUACGGCAAGUUUACGCCAAUCCAACGGGCAAUAAUCGUUGACUUCAUCACCUCUUUGAACUCCAGAAGGGCUCCGCUUCCCUCCACCUCUUCAUGGUGGAAAACGACUGAGAAGUACCGUGGUGGCUCAUCCUCGCUCAGCAUAGGGCAUCAAAUCCUUCACGAAGAGUACACGCUAGGCAAAAUCUUGAAGACCCGACAUUUGAUAGCUCUGGCUUCGAAAACCCAUUUCGCCGUUGACUCCAUUAACGUUGUUUUGACGGCAAAAGAUGUUGCCGUUGAUGGGUUCUGCAUGAACAGGUGUGGGACUCACGGGUCAACAAAGUCAAGGUCGGGCCGGGGUACGUACAUUUGGGUUGGUAAUUCGGACCUUCAGUGUCCCGGUCAGUGUGCUUGGCCAUUCCACCAGCCAAUCUACGGCCCACAGACCCCACCCUUGGUGGCACCUAACGGAGACGUUGGGGUUGACGGAAUGGUCAUCAACUUGGCCACUCUGUUGGCUAACACCGUCACCAACCCGUUCAACAGUGGGUAUUUCCAGGGCCCGCCCACUGCUCCUCUAGAGGCUGUCUCGGCUUGUACUGGGAUGUUCGGGUCCGGGUCAUACCCAGGAUAUCCGGGUCGGGUCCUGGUUGAUAAGGUCACGGGUGCUAGCUUCAAUGCUUAUGGUGCCAAUGGAAGGAAGUACUUGUUGCCUGCCAUGUGGGAUCCACAGACAAGCGCAUGCAAGACGCUUGUGUGA